AUGCCACGGAGGAAGUGCCAUAUACCUUACAGCAGCGGCGAUGCAAGACAUGGCAUUAGUAGUGCCAUUUCAUCCCUAAAUACAUUAGGGUAUGCGACGCUGUAUUUGGCUGUAUUUCCAGCACCACACGAGUCCCUUUUCCUCACGGAGAAAAUUCAUCGGCACUGCGCAGAACUCGGAAAAGCGGCGUUGGUGUUCUGUGUGCCUGGAGAGAAGCAGAGGAUUGGGAAGGUUCAUUUCAUCGGCGGUUUUGAUUCGAGUGACUUCUGGAGAACAUCCUUCAGCAAAAACCCUCCAGACCCCCACUCUCGCGCGGACGCCUUCCUGCUGGGGUUGGACGAGCGCCUCAACCUCGCGCUGGUCGGCUCCCUCCCGCACGACGCCGUGGGCCAGGUGCGGAUCCACUGGCUGCUCGACCUGGUGCAGGGCAGACUGGAAGACGGACAACCCAGCUAUAACUUCAGCCACCUGGACACUCUCCUGGACCACCUGUGGCGACACCAGCUGCGGCCUGGCUUCGAGCUGAUGGGAAAUCCCGGAAAUAUCUUCACAGACUUUGAAAACGAGACGCAGGUUCUUUGGUGGCGAAAUCUGGUGGCGCAAACAGCCCGUCGCUACGCAGAUAGAUACGGACUGGAAUGGGUCUCCUCUUGGAAUUGGGAAUCCUGGAACGAGCCGGACCAUCACGAUUUUGACAACCUGAACUUUACACUUUCAGGUUUCCUCAACUACUUCGACAGUUGCCGGGCGGGGCUGGAUGACGUCACCGAACAGCUGAUCCUGGGGGGUCCCGGCGGCUCCUGUCGUGACCCGAGCUUCUCCCUCCUGUGCUGGGCGCUGCUGGGUCACUGCGACCACGGCUCCAGCUUUUUCACGCCGGGACGUCCGCCCAGGAUCGAUUUUAUUUCGUUUCAUAAGAAAGGUCAGGAAGACGCAGACAGCAUUUUGACUCAGGAACUUGAGACGAUCGAGAAAAUACGAAGAAAUUACCCACAUCUACGUCACGUCCCAAUAGUGAAUGACGAAGGCGAUUUCCUGAAGGGGUGGUGGCGCAGUCGUUCCUGGCGAGCAGAUGGGCGGUACGCAGGCCUGGUGGCGCGGGCGGUCUACACCCACCACGAAGCUCUCUCCUCCCGCCCACGCCUCAACUACCAACUCAUUAGCUUCGACAAUUCGUUCCUUAACUACUUCCCCAACUUUUUCGAGCAGCGGAGUUUGGUGGCCAGAUUUCAGAUUAACUCAACAUCGCCUCGACAAGUGCAAAUGGUCAAGAAAGACUCGUAUUCAGUCCUUGCGUUACUGAGUCUCCUUGGCGAUCACGUGCUUUCGAAGGACGGAGACUUAGAUGGAUUAUCGGUGAUAUCAACAUGCCGCGGUUGCAGAAGGGAAGAGCCGUCCGUUGCAGAAGACCCGCGCGAUUCCGGUUCAAAAAACCCGCCAACCGAAAACGCGGGAAAAGGAGCCGAAGCCACGCCCACUCGGAGAACGACAGAAAACCGAAGAAACCGAAGAGCCGAAGCCACGCCCACUCACACCCCGACGGCAGACCUCGAGCCACGGAAUGACGUCACACCUCCUCCUCCUCAAGACCCAAGGAAAAACUCGACGGAGAACUUUCCACGCGAGAGAACGACAAAAAACCGAAGAACAGCAACUCCUCCUGAAGACUUAGAAACCCGAACGCUUUUCGAAACCGCGAUGGGAAACGAAGCAGCGCCCAACGAAACCGCUCGAGCAAACCUUCCGUCUCGCAGUGCCGGUCCCUCCGCGUGGGAAGCGACUAUCCUGGUGGCACGCUCGAAUGGCACUAGGAGGGCGAGCGACGGCGUGGAGGUGAAGGUCGUCCUCAAGCUGCCUCAAGAGGUGAUCGGAGAAAGGCUGGCUUUGGUGAGUUACCAGCUGGGCGGAGACUCCAAGGGCCCGUAUGAAGCCUGGCUUGACCUCCGUCGACCCGUGGAACCGAGCAGGAAGGAGCUCGCGUUUAUUAGGUCACAUGAGGGAAGCCGACGAGAAGGACCAAGAUUCCUCGUCGCCUCCCGCACCGACCUGACGAUGGCGAUGACGCUGCAGGUGCCCGAUGUGAGAGUCAUUCACGUGUGCCGGGUGUUCGAGGAAGAUCCAGGAAAGGUGUCGGGCGUACGGGCGCUGGAAGUGACGAGGGGCGACCUCCUCCUGACGUGGUCCGACAGCCUCAUCAACACAAGAUGUGUGUUUGGUUACCAGGUGGAGUGGAGUGCGGAGAGCAGAGACGGGCCUUACUCCAGCAUCACGAGGCGUUUACUCCAUCACAAUAACUUCCUCCACUCCCUCCCCUCGUUGCAUGGCAACGCGACGAUUCAGGGCUGGUACCGGGUGCGAGUCGUCACUUACUGGGGGACAAGUGGGCGCUUCUCACGGCCAAUUUUCCAUCGCGUUGGGUAGACGAGUUCAGAGAGAAAGCGAGAGAGUGAGAGCGAUAG